AUGGAACCUUCCACGGGUGAAGAUAUCAAUGGAAGAGUUGGCGACAAUGUCACCAACGCAAGAAAUGAAGGCCAUGGAACAAGUUCUAGUGAUGAGAAUGAACAAACUAAAGCUUCAAAUGAAAAUAAUGGUUUAAACACCCCUGAAACCAAUGGCACAGUUGUAAUAAAUGUAGAAAAUGAAGUACCAGGGAGGCCUACGGAAAUUGAACCGAAACGAAGCGGAACAAUUGAACCUGAAAGACAAAUAUCAACCAGUAAAAUACUAUCAACACCAAGUUACCCAGCAUUUGCCGAUAUUAUAGAGAUGGAAACAGUACAAAGGUUGAGUAAAUCACACAUUUACCCAGGAGACUUGAUCGAGUUGGUGAAAUCGAGAGAUUUGAGCAAGUUUUACGAGGCACAACAAGCAGUAGAACAGGUCCAACCAACGACAGGAAAGUCAGAAAUGGCACACCUUCCACUUCCAGCUAUCAUGAACAAGUUUGGACUAGAGGAUACAGAGCAAGGAUUAUCAGACUCCCAAGUGGUUCUAAAUAGACAACUCUACGGAAGUAACAUACUGGAUCUGGGUAAGAAGGACCCAAUUUGGAAGAUUUUUCUUUCACAGUUUAAGAGCUUUGUGAUAGUUCUGCUGUUCAUAGCGGCGAUAGCGUCAUUAGCACUAAAAAACUACGUUGAAGGAGCAUUCAUCAUUUUCAUUGUGACACUAAACUCAAUUAUGGCAACGUACAUGGAAAGGUCAGCAGCUAACGUUUUGGAAAAAUUGGCCCAGCUUUCAAGUCCAACAGCAAGAGUGAUAAGGAACAACGCUGAAGUUCUGAUUGACACCACAGAGGUGGUUCCAGGCGACGUCCUGCUUCUACAAACGGGAGACACGAUUGUCGCAGAUAUGCGUCUGUUUGAGGUAAUGGAGGUGAGAAUCAACGAGUCACUACUAACAGGUGAGUCGGUUGAUGUAAAGAAGACUAUUGUCGCUGAGGACCUGGACAGCCCAUUUAGUACUAACCUCUGCUUUGCAAGCACCAGCGUUGUUUCAGGGUUUGGAAAAGGAAUUGUAAUUAAUACAGGAAUGAAUACACAAGUAGGAAAAAUAGCCAAACAACUAAAGAAAGCAUCUGAAACCAGUAAAGUUACACCACUACAAAGAGCACUUAAUAGGUUAGGAGGAACGAUAGGAAUAAUUUCAACAGUUGUCCUGAUUUCAAUUGUGAUUGUUGCAAUAUUGACAGGAUUUGAUGAUCCUACGAGGCCAAACACUAAUAGAACACUGUCGAUUGUUCUUUUGGCAGUUGGAUUUGCAGCAUCAUCUAUUCCAGAAGGCCUGCCGAUGGUUGUUACAAUUUCACUGAGUUUAGGCGCCAAGGAUAUGGCAAGAGAAAACGCAAACGUGCUAAAGCUACCAGCAGUUGAGACGCUGGGAUGCUGUUCAGUAGUAUGCAGCGAUAAAACGGGAACACUGACGGAAGGCAAGAUGGUAACCACCGACAUUGUAAUCUUCUUCAACGUCAGGAGCGUAACCUCAGACAACUUGCUCAAAAACAUCAUAAAAAACACAAACUUCAGUCUCUUUGGAGCAACCACAGCAAACGUCAUCGCAGAACGCUUCUCAUUCUACCCGACCUUUGGCUUCAAUCCAGUUGGAGGAGUUUUCAACCCCUGUGACCUUACGGAUUCAUAUAAACGUAAAUUAAUCACAUUGUAUAAGAAGGAAGCUGACUUCUUCACAAUACCUAAUAAUUUACUCUCACACUAUGUAUCCCAAAAUAAAGUUGAUCCACAGCCUAUGAGUAAAGAGUUCACUUUUGAGGAUCAUGCAAAAGGAUCAGGAGAAAUAAGUUCACAGGAAAGUUUACCAGCUUCUGCAACCAGUUCUGCAAAUGAAAGUUAUUUAAAGAGUGUGAUGGUAAGGUUGAAUAUGUGUAUUGGAUAUUUGAACAGUUAUAACACGAAGUUGGUUCUGGACAAGAAUAAUAAGUGGACUUGCGUGGGAAACAUGACAGAGAGUCCAUUGAUAGUCGCAGCAAACAAGUGCGGACUAAAGCCAGAGUUAUUAGAAGAUUACCCUAGACUUGAAACACUAGAAGUGCCAUUCAACUCAAAGAGGAAGCUGAGCAUAACAGUACACAAACUCAAAGUGGAAAACAAGUUCGAGGAGUUGGAAUUCCAACAAAAGGGUAAAAAUUAUACCCACGUGGCACUAGUUAAGGGGGCACCAGAUGUUCUGAGGCCAUAUUGCAAGUACGUACCAAGCUUAGAUAACGGAGUUUUUGUCGAUUUCAAGUAUAGAAUAAAUAGUGAUGAGGAAGGUCAGGACUCAGAUGACGUGGUAAUGCACAGUAAUGACCAGUUAAGCAAUGAUAGCUUGAGGGUUAUUAUGCUAGGGUUAGUUCCACUCACGGAUGAGGAUAUUUCAUAUCUACAAAGUUUAGAUGAUUCAAUAUACAGACAACAGUAUUUAUUGUCGACCACAAACACUGAUGACAGUUCAUAUAAUAGCGGUAAGAUCGUGUUGAUUGGAGUUACAGGAAGCUUUGACCCUCCAAGGCCAGGAGUUAAGGAGUCAAUUGACACUUGUAGAAGUGCAGGGAUCAGAGUAAUUAUGAUAACUGGGGACCAGAAAAUAACAGCAAUAGCAAUAGCAAAGCAGAUUAACUUAAUCACGCUGGGUCCAGAAACUGAAGAUGAUGAGUUGGGACUUGAAUGUAAUAAGUUACACAUUAACGGGAACCCAAACAUGGAUUAUUUGCCAGAUGAACAGAUUGAUUUGAUAACCUCGAAGUACAGUGUGUUCUGCAGAGCUCAACCGGAGGAUAAGGUAGCUAUUGUAGCAUCACUGAAAAGAAAGGGUGAGAUUACAGCGAUGACAGGCGACGGUGUUAAUGACGCCGCAGCGCUCAAGACUGCAGAUAUUGGCGUGAGCAUGGGCAUAAACGGCACUGACGUGGCGAAGGGAGCAAGUGAACUAGUUCUGCUCGACGACAAUUUCUGCACAAUUGUAAAGGCUGUAAGGGCUGGCAGGACGAUUUACAGCAACAUUCAAAAGUUUGUUUCAUUUUUGCUGGGAACAAAUAUUGGAGAAAUUUUAUACCUGACCACCAGUAUAAUUAUUAACACUUUGCCGCCGGUCGAGGCGCUUCAGAUUCUGUUUUUAAACUUUCUAACUGAUGGGUGUCCCGCAGUAGCUUUAAGUCGAGAGCCUCCAGACUCUGACGCAAUGAAAAAGCCUCCCAGGAAACCAAACACGCCAAUCAUGACCACCGAGUGGUGGUUGGCUGGGAACUUGCCGCACACGAUCUUUGAGGCUCUGGCAGUGAUUGCUUCAAUUUUAAUCGGUUUGUAUUUGUGCACUGGCGUGAUUACGCUCAGGGACUUGAAUGAACGUUGCCACUACGUUAAGGUUGACGACUAUACCAAGAUGGUUUACUUUUGCAGCUCAUACGAGUAUCUGUUUACCCCAAAGUACGUUGGCUGGGUCACCAAUGUGGACUAUUUCGACCCAGAGGAGCGCAAGAUGAAGUGUUUCCUCGGCGCCGCGAAGGGCAGGCUUGAAGAUUUCCACGUUUCUCACCCUGAUUUACACCCGGAGUUGAGGAGAAAGCUGGAGAAUUUAGAUUUGUCAAGUUUGGAAGGGAUUUCUGGCUUUGUGGAAAAGGACGAUAAUGGCUGGAUCAGGUCAAACCGCAUAAAGGAUGGAACGAGUUAUCAUGGAGUCGGAGAAAUGGGCUACAAUGACAUUGUGAGCAGGAAAUCUAAACAGGCCAGGACGAUAUCGUUCAUCACAGCCGUUUGGGCUGAGAUGUUAAGGGCUUACACUGUUAGGAGUUGGGACUACUUUUACAACGUUUUUAACAGGAAUCCUUGGAUGCACAUUGCCUGUAGUAUUUCAGCAACCGUUACUUUUGCUCUCACUGUGUUUCCUGGACUCUCCAAUGUGCUUCACGUCGUCUCACUCACCUACUGGCAGUACCUUCUCGCAAUUCUGCUUGCUUUCACGACUUUGAUUUUGGACGAGUUCCUCUCCAAGUUCAUCUACCGACGCAUUAAGAAACGCAGAGCGCAAAAACUAACCACCUAA